ACUUCCUUGCGUAAAGACAUAUUAAAAUAAGUCUUGAAAGCGUUAAAAACACCUCACAACAACACAAAAUUGUUAUUUCUUUGAACUUUAUCCCAUUAGAAGAUAAUAACGUUGGUAACACAAAAAUCCCUACAAAGUCAUAUGGUUGUCAUUUUUAACCUCAAACACAGACAGCUGUUUACCUGUAAUAUUUUUCAAAAUAAUUACAGAAAAAUGGAACCAAAACAAACAGAUGUGCACUUGCGUGCAAUGUUGAAUAGCCCUGCACGUUUUACACCAGCUGUCCCCACUCCAGACUGGUCCGCAGGUCCAGCUGUGCCCCCUUCACCGCAAACUCCUGGCAAGUCUAAUAUGAUUGUUGCAACCCCAGGUUCAGCAGCUGGAGAACCUCACACAAAUAUAACAAUACAAAAUUGCGUAACGACGGUAGAUCUCAAUACAAAACUCGACUUGGCGUUAAUUAACGCGAGGACUCGAAAUUCCGAAUAUAACCCAGCGCGAUUUCAUGGAUUAAUUAUGAGACUCAGGGACCCAAGAACCACCGCUUUGAUAUUCCAAACUGGUAAAAUUGUAUGCACUGGGGCUAAAAGCGAGCAAGAUGCCCUUCUGGCUUCUAAAAAGUUUGCGAGGAUUAUACAAAAAUUGGGAUUUGAUAUCAAAUUUGAGAACUUUAAGAUACAGAAUCUGGUAGCAACGUGCGAUUUGAGAUUUCCCAUAAAACUGGAAAGUUUAAGUUUAUUGCAUGGACAAUUUUGUAGCUACGAACCUGAACUUUUCCCAGGAAUAAUCUAUCGCAUGAUCAAGCCGCAUUUGUGUUUACUCAUUUUUGUCAAUGGAAAAAUUGUUUUCACAGGGUCAAAAUCGCGAGAAGGUAUCAAGGAAUCGUUAGAUAAUAUAUACCCAAUUUUACGUAGCUUUAAGAAAAAUUAAUUAUUCUUAUUAUGUGCAAAGUUAUAUUAAGGAGAAAUCUUUAAACAUGGACUUUUAGAUAGUGAGCCCAUAGAGGGCGCUGAUAACCAUUUUCGUGCUAUUAACUUGAAUGACGUAAUAGACUUCUUUUUACACGUGUAUGACCAAACGUAAGUGUUAACAAAUAUUUUUUCUAAGUAAUUUUUCUAAACAUCCCAACUCUGUGUUUAGGUGGGCGUCAAUGAAUGAAACAUACGUAAGGCUUCACAAAGCCAAUAAAUUAGUUUUAUUAUGUUUUCUUCAAUUUUAUUUUGUUCAUUGAAAAUAAAUUGUACUUUUGUGAAUCAAGAAUGUUUCAGGGUAUUUCAAUAUCGAUUGAACUUUGUUCAUGAAUUCCAAGGCAAUAAUCCGAUACAAGAACCAAAAGGUUGAAACUUCCCUUUAUUAUUUCUCUUUCGCCUACCUCCUGUUCUUUGUACAAGAUAUAAAGGAUAAAUUUGAUCAAAUCGUACUCUCUAUGAGAUUUUCUCAAUUCAAAUAAAAUGUUUUACAACAAAACAUUAAAUAAACAUAUCUUAGAUCGUUAAUUUAUUUAUUCGUAUUAGAUUAGACCACUUAGGAUCACCGGUUUAUCUUUAUAAUAGAGAAUUGUAUUGUAUUUUAUUGUUUGUAUACUUUUUGUUAGCAAUAAAACUGCUUUUGAUAUUC